CUCUGGGACAGCUCGCCGCGCCCACGGAUGGCGCGUACGUUGCUGCCGAUCCUCGCCUGCACCUCGCUGGCCGGCCGUCGUGCGCCCCGGCUCCGGCGUGCUGCGACGCUGGUCGCCACAGGAUGCGCAGCCUCUGCCGCCACGGCGCAGCCAGCGACAGGUGGCGCGCUCGUGCGCGGUGACGAUUCGCUGAUGGCGCCAAAAGCGCACGGCACGACCUCCACGCCAGUCCAAGAGCGGCUGCGCUGGGAUGUCGACAGAGCGACGGCCGACCGCAUCUGCUCGUACAAUCGGCACUAUGCAGAGUACGCUGGCUACUACAAGCGGACGACCUUCAUCGCCGCUUUCUCGGCGGCAGAGGGCGAGACCACCUUUUACGACUCGGUGUCUGGCAAGCCGCUCUUUGUCGCUCCUCGAGGGCGCACCCACGACGCCUUCCUCGCCGAGUCCUCUGCGCACGGCUGGCCGAGCUUCCGCGACGAGGAGUGUGUCUGGGACAACCUCCGCAUUCUUGACGAUGGCGAGGCGGUCUCGGUCGACGGUACGCACCUCGGGCACAACCUGCCCGAUUCGAAGGGCAACCGGUACUGCAUCAACCUGGUCUCGGUCGCGGGCACGCCUGUCGACGAGGCGGCUGCGGGGGUCACGAGGAGCGAGCUGUAGGAGCUGUAGCGUUAUGUGCGGUGCGUUGGGUGUGCGAUCUAGCCUUGGAAAUUAAAAAUAAUUUUACGUGUUCA